CCUCUGGCAGUAGUAUCGUACAGCCAGUGGGGAGAAACUUCUGCACUGUGCAUUUCUGACAAAAAGGGUAUGAAAAUCGAGUCGAAUGCGUAACUUGUAUUUGUGGAAUGGUAGGUCUUAGCUUGACAUGAUAGUUUCGAGCAAUUUCAUCAACACCAGAUGUCUGACAAGCGCGGUGCAGCUCAGACGUGGAUAGCCUCGAAUAAAACCCGGGAAAACACGGAUGGUUAUUCGAGGUCCUUCCGUUUCCUUCCUAUGAUAGAAGCCUAGGAUAAUAAAUGCUUUCUGUUGCAACUAUCCCAUUUUUCUACCUAGAGGUCACAGAUCUGCUCCUGAUACAUAUUGCCAAAGCUGUGGCCUGAAAUAUUCCAAGAUAACCUUCCCAAACAGCUCAUUUCUCAGGGACUGCAGUGCUUCUCUUGCAAUGAUAUGAAGCUUCUUAUAGCUGUGGCUCUGUUGGUUGUUGGACUCUCUCCUUACCCAGGCUUCAGUCAGACCAGUGAGGCACCAACUGAUGGAUCUGUAUCAGUUGACAGAGUGAAAUUCUCCUACACCUACAAUAAUGUCUAUGUGACGAUCUACUUUAAUAAUUUGAUGGAGAAUCCAUUUUUGAACUACCAGUCGUUUGCUGAUAUACAGUGCUUUUUGAAUAAAAUUGUUUUCAGAAACACACACACGAAUGAAAUCUUCCAGGCUGAAUAUGCGGGUCGUUGCACUUCGUACGAUAGCAUCGCCAUUCAGAUUAAAAUGAAUCCUAGAGAUUAUCUCAGAAUGGUUGUGAGUGAGUUUAUUGACACCAACUCUACUACACCCUUGGGCUUGGAAAUGUACACUGCAGAUAUGCUUGGAGCUCCUUUCAACCUUCAAAUAGAACCAGAUGAAGCCAUUGAAUGUGACUUGAGAACGAACUUGAUGUUCAAUGUUAGGAUUACUGACCCUGAUUAUUGGACCGAUGAGAGAAUUCUUUUGAUUCAUUUCACUACUUUCAUUGAUGUUGCGACUGUCAAUGCCAGCAAGCUAUCACUCUCUCUCAAUCACAAUCAAGAUGCAAACAACACUGUUAACAUUACAGGUGGUGAAAUACUGAACCAGUCGCCUGGCUUAACAUUAUCUGUGGCUAUUAGACUGACUUUUAGUGAUCAAGCUCUUCUUGCGAGUAAAGGAAUAUGCAUGUGGAAUGAUGGGUUCAAUCUACCUUGUUACGUUGGCAUAGAAUCAGGAUUUGCUGCCGGGUAUUUUGGAGUAGAGGUUUCUCCCACUACUGGCAAUUCAGUGUAUAAUUUCUGGAGAGCUCCCACAGAUUCUGAGCCAGUAACUAUGUCCAUUCAGCUGGAGUACAUCAGUGGGUUGACUUUUAACCUGACGCUUGGUCCAAGUCAGCCAUUCGGAACUCGAUCAACUUUAAUUGGCGAGAGGAUUAUCAGUGUGACGUGUACUAGCAGGGACACUAGCAAACAUGUGAACCCCAUGCUGGAGAUUGACAAUGGUGCAGUGUCUAUUCCUGAUAGCUAUAUCAGGAAUGAUUGGCCCAGCUCCACCACCUUGAAUGCACCCAGGGGGCUAGCUGAGUCUGGUUUGCAAGGUUACUACACGUGCAGGACAGAGGGUGACACUUUCCUCAGCCCUCACCUUCUGCAUUCCAAUUUUCUUGAUAUUAUUUUCUACCAAGGAGCCUCCGCUACAGUUGAUGUACAUGAAGACAUUGUACUCCGCUUUGCACAUGCCGACUUGUAUCCUGGUUUUAUUAAUGAUCCUCAUGGUAAUCGAUUUUAUGUGGAAACCAAUGGACAUAAUACACCACCUUUUGAGUAUCGUUUCGAAACAAACACCCCAUUUCCAUACCAUGCUGAGCUGCACAUCAACAGGACCCAGGUGGACUAUGAGGGAGUGUACUUCAUCUUAUACAAAUAUUCUAUCAUACGGCAACACUUCUCUAUCGAUGUCAACAAACCUAAACUGACUCUCUACCCACCGGUUCUGACUGUGCUCGGCUCUGACCCUCCCGAUACAACUGCCUCUCUCACUUGUACCUCUGACAAUACAAAUGUCCCUGUGCUGUUCUCUGAAAAUUACAAUUCACUGGGCAUCACGUCUACCUAUCUGGAUGACACCAACAGCUCUGUGAGAUUGGAUUUUGAGCUAAACGAAACCCUUAUUGGCAUGCUAGAUGGGAUGGAGUUUAUAUGUGAGGCCAGGGACCCAGAUAAUUUCAGUUCCAUCGUGUCAACAGCUAGCUCCACCUUCAGAGAAGUGUCAGCUACCACUGCUACACCACCAGUUAUGACUGUACCUGAUUACGCUAUUCCUAAUGUCGUUGCUGUGGAGAUCAACGGAGUCACUCUUUCCACGUUCACUCUUGAGAAUCAGAGGCGCUUCAGAGAAGCCACAGCAGAUGCUGUCAAUGACUACUGUGAGGAUAAUGAGUGUCUGGUAGCAUACCCUCAGGCAAGAGCAAGGAGGAACACUCUCACGGCUGACAAUCUCUACAUUACUGACAUCACUAGCACUGGAGAGUCUAGAGUCAGCUUCAACUUGUACGCUCGUUUGGAUGGUGGCAUCCUCAACGGUAGUGCCUUGGCAACGGCUGUACUGGAUCAUCGUGAUGAGUAUGCAGCCCUAGGCUUUAAUGUGGCUAGUGUACAGCUGCCUACAGAAUCAACCACCAUUCUGACGACCAACCAGAUCAUUGGUAUAGCUGUGGGAGGUGGUCUUGGACUGGUCUUAAUACUGGUCCUUCUUCUGAUUACUAUCACAUGUUGUUGUGCCAAGCAUCGAUCAGGACAAUCCAAGAAUGGAGGAGACCUCACCAAUGCUGGUACUAGCCUUGACAUGAAGCCAGUACCUCACAAGGGCCUCGAAGAACAAGCCGUGGGACUAGAGUCUGAGGACAAGGAAGGGGAUCUCGACUAUGAGAGAUAUAAAACCAUUAGUCUUUAACAACAGUAUUUUGGUGACACUAUUAAUAGAUAGGUAGCUACUGAACUUUUAGCUUUGUUUUGUCAUGUCCCCUCCUGUUACUAUUAAUAAUGCAUACCGUAGAGCGUGAUACAUUUUUGAACUCCCAAUUAAUUUUUUUUUCUUCGUAGCUACAGCAUAGUGAUAUAGAACUUAUAAUUGCACAUAAUAAUUGUUUGAUUUAAUGCCCCAAAUAAUAAAAAAAAUAUCCACAGUACGAAUAAAUAGCACAGACAAUUAAACGAUUCAACUAACAAAUAUUUCAUUUGCUGUUGGUUAUUAUUUUUUGUCUGAAAUGCCUAUCACUGAAUGCUACAUGUUUAGUUAAUGAUCUUUACAUCUUUACAUUACGUUAUC